ACGUCAGAGGUUCGCACUGUUUUCCUGCCGACAAAUCAGUGCGCGAUGCAUUUUUGUUUAUUUCCCUAAAUCAAACAAUUAAAUUUUAUUAGAUUUAUAACAUUUUGAGCAAGUUUUCCGUUGAAAACAGCAUUUUUCCACAAUGUUUACGCUGUGGAGUUUGAUCGAGGCGUCGCUGCUGUGUUUGAACGCGGUCUGCAUCCUUCAUGAGGAACGUUUCCUGGCAAAAUUCGGUUGGGGUGCCUCUUCGGCCGCCCAGGUGCACGGAUUUGGCGAAACGCCCUCGGUGAAGGCACAGGUGCUGAACCUGGUGCGAUCCAUUCGAACUGUUGCCAAAAUUCCGCUGAUAUUUCUAAACCUUGUAGCAAUAAUAUUUAAAUUAUUACUAGGAUAAUGAAUGUACUCAUUUGAAUUGGUUUGAAUGUUUUGUAUUAUAAAUAAAUGUAAUGACUCAUG